GGCAAGCGAGCGGCACUCGCAGUCUCGAUCAUACCAUCCCGCAGACAGACCGUUUUAAAAAACAAAACGAAACAUUUAAGAAAAAACUCCAUUGUCUGUGUUUAUCCGUGCGGGUUUUUAAAAACUACAGUUCCAAACAGUGCAACGUACAAAAGUGAUGUGAUUUUUCGAUUUUAAAAACGGAUGCUUGAUUAGCGGUACAACAUUACUCAACGAGUUUCUAGCGGCAAAACGGUGGGCAUAAGCGAGAAUUCGGGCAUGAGAGUGUAGUUUUUUUUAAGUGUUGUCAUCGUUGUAUGGCACGAUGAUAUCUGGAGGAUGGGUUUGCGCGCUGCACGUGAGGACGGCAGGCCUAGGGGGCGCAGCCCUGGGCUCGGACGAGGAGGAAGUGGUCUACCUGGCCUAUAUUGUCAUUGACGUGAGCAACAAUCAGGUGAUCGGAGAACGGGAGUAUGCCGUCCGGCCGACGCGGAGGCCCUCAGAGGAGCUUCAGACCGGGCAGCCCCUAGAAGUAGUUGUACAACAGUUCGAGGAGUUCGCGCGCUCGCUACAAGUGGACCCCUACUCCCCCCUCUUCAGGCUAGUCACAGACGGACAACCCCCACUUAGACAAUGUCUAUAUCCAGAAGCGUGCAGCAAGGAGCUGACGCUGCCCGCGUACUACGCGCGGUUCCACGACCUGCGCAAGGAGUUUAUGCGCGCGUGCGCGCUGCGCGCCGUCCCCCCGCCCGAGCCCACGGCGCUACAAGACAUGCUUACUUAUUUAGGUAUACCCCCGUACACGGGAGAUAAUUUCUACGCGGCUGAGGUCAAAGACAUGGCCAGUGUCAUUAGGAGAAUAAUUUCAGAUGGUUUCCGGUUAGAGCUGCCGGAGACGAUCGACUUACUAUUAGAAACUGGAAUAUGUUCAAAAGACGAUGAAAUCGACGGUAACUGCAUAGUGCGCGCGCGGGGUCUGCCCUGGCAGUCUUCAGACCAGGACAUCGCCAAGUUCUUCCGAGGACUCAAUGUUGCCAAGGGCGGAGUAGCGCUCUGUCUAUCUCCCCAGGGCCGCCGGAACGGCGAGGCGCUGGUGCGUUUCGUGUCACAGGAGCACCGCGACAUGGCGCUCAAGAGGCAUAAACACCACAUAGGCCCGCGGUACAUCGAGGUGUACCGGGCGAGCGGCGAAGAUUUCCUCUCGGUGGCGGGCGGCGCCACGUGCGAGGCGGCCGCGUUCCUCUCCCGCGGCGCGCAGGUCAUCGUGCGCAUGCGCGGACUGCCCUACGAUGCCACUCCUGCGCAAGUGCUCGACUUCUUCUCAACCGGCGACGACCCGGUCCAAGUUCUAGACGGCGCGGAAGGAGUUCUAUUCGUCCGUCGCGCCGACGGUCGAGCCACCGGAGAUGCCUUCGUACUGUUCUCUAAGGAGGAGGACUCGCCUAAAGCCCUGUCGCGGCAUCGGAAGCUGAUCGGGCAGAGAUAUAUCGAGCUGUUCCGGUCUACUACCGCUGAAGUUCAACAGGUGCUGAACCGGUCGCUAGAGCCGCGCACGCCGGCCAGCACGCCGACGGCGGCGCCCCUGCCCGCGCACGCGCACGCGCCCGCGCCGGCCGAGGGCCUGCUGCCCGUGGCGCUGGUGCCGCAGCACGUCAUCACCUCCGGCACCGCCAAGGACUGCGUCAGGCUCCGCGGCCUGCCUUACGAAGCACAGGUUGAAAACAUCUUGACUUUUUUGGACGAAUUCGCAAAGAAUAUUGUCGUCCAGGGCGUCCACAUGGUUUAUAAUGCACAGGGUCACCCGAGCGGCGAAGCGUUCAUCCAGAUGGACAGCGAGACGAGCGCGUUCCUGUGCGCGCAGCAGAAGCACCACCGGUACAUGACGUUCGGCAAGAAGCAGCGCUACAUUGAGGUGUUCCAGUGCUCCGGCGACGACAUGAACCUGGUGCUGACGGGCGGCGUGACGCCCUCCGCCUCGCCCAAGGUGCUGUCGCCCGGUACGUUGCUCUCCCCCCCGCCCCCCGCGCCGCGCCUGCUCGCGCAGCACAUCGCCCACCAGAGCCUCCUCGCGCGCCAGCACGAGAACCUGCUCCUCGCCUCCAUGCGCCAGCCGGCCACCAUGCUCCCCAUCUCCCAUCUCCCCGCCUACCAGAUCCGCUCGCCUUCCCCGGCGCCACAGUAUCAGCUCCAACAAUUCCUCCCGCAACAGGUAGUUCCGAUCACAAAUAAGAGGAGUUAUGAGCGCGCUUUCACUCAAACUACAGAGGCGCCUCCGGCGAAGCGGCAGUACUUACCGCCUCAGUUGGCGCCCUCUAUAUCCCUCCCCAUGGGUCUAUCCUACGGAACGUCCACUCCUAUAUUCUCCUACGCGAACACUAGCCCGAUGCUCUCGUACGCGAACGCGCUUCAAGCGGGCUUACCGACGGGCAUGCCGGCCGGGUACGGUACGGCGUUGUCGGCGGCGUUACCUCCGACUAUGACUACGCCGUUCCCGGCUACGUUUUCAAUGCUGCAGUCAAUGUAUCCGUACUAUCCUGGAGUUUAAAGCUUAUCUGCGUUUCUUUAUAACAUAAAUAUCAAUAAUAGAUUAACGUCAAAGAGACGAUAGAGACACGAUAGUUUCGCUUUAGAAUACGUGUAGAUAUUUUAUCUGAUGAGAGCGAAAUGAGAAAAUUAAAAACAAUGGAAAAUAAAGAAAAAUGCAGUUGUCUUGAGAACUACGAGUAAUAUAAAAUUUUACUAUUAACUACCUAUCGAUAGCUAACUUUUAGAAAACAUUAUACGAUCUUUAUGAUCUAAGGCGCUUUGCAUAGCAGUAAAAUGGGUUUACUUAAAAAGUUAGAAUACUGAUUGUUAAAUAAAGGAACAGUGCCUUGGAUGUUAUCCGGAUUUUAAGUAAAAUUUAAGUACAUUAAAAAAAACUCCCAUUUUUAAAACAAAAAUAUAGGAAGAUGAUUAGUAUUAAGAGUAUACUAGGUUACUAAUAUCAUAAAACUUAAAAUUAUCGACAUUUCGUUGAAACAGGGUAAACCAAGCUCAAAGUUGAACAGUGUUGUGUCCGUGUUAUUGAUAUUGUAGCUUAUUGAAUUUAUUAAAAUAAGACAGCUAUAUAUUUAGGCUAAAUACACCAGUUAGACGCGUUUAGGAGAUACAUUCCAAAAUAAAUACGUUGGCUUUUUGGUUCCCGGCACAUUGUUUCUUAAGCUUUAUUGGAACUCAUAAGAGCUCCGUAUCUUAGCACGCAAACUAUCUUUAGUUAUGUUAACAUUUAACAGUUAUUUUUAACGGCAGUUACUUUUAGCAGCUUCAUAUUUUCGUUACGUUAAGUACUUACUUUACAACAAUCAAGUUCUUGUUGAAUUUAUAUUGACUUUAAUGUUGUUGAAUCAUCGUGUUUUAAUUAAAUAUAAGAAUAUAAGUAAGGGAUGUUUCGUCAUUUCGUCAAAUACGUUUCUCUGGCAUAUCAUUUGGGCAAUUUUAAUUGCCAGUUUUUAAUUAAUCAAUAAAUAACUGGUUACAAAUAAGUACGGUUAAAUAAAAGUGUCCAAAUAAUAUUUAGCUAAAAAUUGUUGGCCGAGAUGAUAAAGCAUUAUAAAUAUAGAGGUUGUUUAUAUUGUGACAAGUUAGAUUAAGUGUGAUUAGUUAAAAUGUGAUUACUUUUAACUUUAGACAUUCCAUGAUUUAAAGACAAAGUUUUUUGCCAAUUUUUUAGAGACUGAUCAAAAGUCUGAAAAAAUAUGCUGAUUUCUUUUAUGUACUUAUGUUAGUACCUUUUUGCGUUUUUAUGAGUACAAUGCACUUUUGUGGUUAGCAUACACUUUUUAUGUUAGGCGUGUGUAUAGAUGUUGUUUUUUGCGUUUUUAGCACGAGGAAUCAAUUUAAGUGAAAUUAAGUGCCUAAUAGUAGGUAUAUACCGCGACAUUUCGCAUUUGUAAAUCGUAUUUUGUUUAUACUUAUACAUUCUAUACAAGUUCGAAUUUUUGCUGAUAUUUUUGCGCAAGCGUAGCUAUAUCUAUAAAAUCGUCAUAUUUUUGCUUAACGCAGUUGGUUAUUCGAGUAGCAUUUUUAUAUUAGGUUUAACGUGUCGUUAGUAAUAGGUGAAGCAUCGCUAUUCCUAUCUCUGUUUCCUUUGAUUCCUUUCCCUCCUUUUCCUUUUCCAGGACGCAUUAACUUUAACAAUUUUUGCAUAGAUACCAAGCUUAAUGUCAUCAUCAUUUACCUCACACCACUUAGUUUAAACGGUAUUAAAAUAUCAAUAGAUAUUUGGUACGAAAUUCCAAUAGCUGCUAGCAGUGUGAUAACGAAAAAUUAAACACGUUUUGAUAACGUUUCUCACAAAAUAUAACGGUAUACCUUAACUACAUCUAUUUUUGUCCUCUAAAAUAUUAUUUAUUUGUGUAUAAAAUAUAAAGCGUUUCUUUCACAUUAAGGUAACCAUGUGACGAAUGCUUUUUAUAUUACAACAAACAUCAACUUAUACAAAGAGUUUCGCAGCUUUGGAAUUUAGUACUAAAUCGGGUGACCUGUAUAAUGAACUUAGUAUUCCUUAAAAUAACGUCAUGUUGUCUAUGGUGUUGCCAUGUCUCAAUCACUAUAGGUCUUGGGCUUUCACAUGGUGGAAAGGCUAAUAUUAUUUGUUCUGUCAUUUCUAAAAUGUAUUUACUGAUAAAUUGCCCUGGUUCAAGUUUUUCAUGGAUCAUAGAUUUUCCCCUUUCACGCUUACAUGUGUAAGAAAGAGAGGAUACUUUAUGUCGAUGAAAAUUUGUUUAGGGAUGUUCAUUGUAACUGAUUUGCUUUUAACAAAAUUAAAAUGAACAUAAUAUUAUACGUACCUACUAAGUAUACCAUGCACCUGUUUACAUGGCGAAUUGGCGAUGAAGUGUGUAACUUAAUUGGUGUAUCCGAGGGGUCGUGUUUUGGAAAAUGGGCAUGUUUUGUGGUAAAUCGGUAAGUUGCACUCAUUACUAUAUAUAUUUAUGAAGGACAUUCUGAUCGUGUAGUUAUAUUCGAGACUUUAGUAAUCACUAGUUUUUAGAACUGUCGUUUUGUACGAGACCGGUGACUGUAAUAAUAACGUUUUUACUGUGAUUUUUGAACGUUUAAAAAAGAGUACACUGGGCAUACAGGUAUCAAAUCAUUCCACCGUUUGUUGUUUUGAACCCUCAGUUCCAAACAAAAACGAAUCGCUCUUGUUGUACUGUUCCCACCUACCAUGAUUAAUAUACAUAUAUGUAUAUCGGACUCUUUCAAUUUCCUUGAAAAUCACAGAAACGUUAUUGUUAACGUACUUUUAAAAAAAUGCCUCUUCAACGGCAGAUUCGUCACUCGAUUAGUGGUUCAUUAUUUCCGAAUAGAUCUAAGGUUAGCAUGGAUUGCUUAAUUUAUCCUAUUUUAAGGACAGGGUUGCAUGGCUCGACGUGACUUUCGCUUUGUAGAGUGAACGUUUUCCACAGCACAACCGCCGGAUACAACGACAUAUUCUAUGAAUUGUACAAGGUUCUAUACUUGGUAUUAUGGUCUCUAAACCUUACAUGGUAAGUUCUAUUUUAAAGUGACGCUUAUCUGUAAUUAAAAUCGUUCUUUUACUGAUAGAGAAUUAACGUUUAUGUUGCUAAUAAAAGUUAUUAUGUACUUAAGUAUUCAUACAUAUUUGUACUGGCAUCUUUAGUAUGUUUUAUUAAAAUAUUCUCUAUGAACAUAACUCUACUCUUGUAGAAAUCUACUCUACAUACCGUUAACGGCUUAUUAAUUUACCAAGAUAACGGUUAUCGAGACCAUAAUGUCCAUUCCUGACUAGGUAUUCGGGUGUCCUCCAGUCAUUUAGCGCUAUAUCCACAGCUUUUUCUUCUGCUAUUCUGAGCCUUUAUACGCUUUCACUUGGAAUUAUAUCUUUCAAUGAUAUUUUAGUGCUAUAAAAAUGUUAUUACGUCAUUGAUCAUUUUUAUAAAAGUAAUAAUAAUAAUAAAAUACUUUAUUGUGCAAUACAAAGAAAAAUAAUGUAAUGUUUUCUAAUGACUUCUUAAAUGAUCGGUUUCUUAUAAAUUCGUAAAAAAAAUGUUGCCAUUUAGUUACAUAAAGUGGAGUGGUUGGUACUGUUAUACUGUAUUUGGAACUUUCCUGAAAUUUGGAUUAUUAAUUUAUUUUUGUUUGUACUAACAUCAAAUUCAUUAACUUUAACUUAUAGUUUAAAAAUAAUAAACUCAGAUAUAUGGGUUUGAACACAAUAAUAUGAAACGAUAUAGCACAAAAAGUCGUUGAAAUAUAGUUUUUUUUAAACAGUGACUGGGGGAAGUGGUGUGAGGAAUAGGUAGUUCUCGUUACGGUUAAAUCAAUGGUUAAUUUUAACGGAAACAUUAUUAAUGAUUAAAAAUACAAGCUUAAUUUUGGUUAUCGGUUGCUAUUUCUUGCUAUUUCUGAAACACGCCCGCAGUUUAUAUUUGGAAUGACUACUAUAACGGAAAUUUAGCUUUUAUUUUUACUUUCUUAAACAUCAAUAAAUAUAACUAAGGCGUUCCGUGUAAUUUUAAUCACCUUGUUAGUAUCGCAUUGAGUUUUAUUAUAAUUAUUAUAGUUGGCUAAUUAUAGUUUAUUGCGUAUUUUUAAAUAAAGCGAUAAUCUUCGUGA